UUUUUAUUAUUUGCGUAUGUAUCAAACGCACCGUGGGAAACGUGAUGUAACAGUUCCGCUGUCAUUGACGAAAUAACCGGAAAAAUUAAGAAUGUGCUUUAAAUUCCUAAUAAUGCCGACUUAGUCUUCAAUUACUUAUACGGUACUGUUAUUUAAGAAAAGCCAAAAUGAUGAGAUCACUAUUCAGAGUUCAUGGAGAGUUCUGUGCCGCUCAUCCACUUGAGGUGGUUGUUGCAACAGUAACAAUUAUCUCUAGUUUAAUUUCCAUGGGAACCACAAUACAUGUGGAUCAUGAUAAAGUUUGUGGAUGGAAUUAUGAAUGUGCUAAAGCUCAGAAAUUAAGUAGAUCUGAUAUGAUUGUUCUUUCAUUCGGAAGAUGUGUAGCCUUAGUUUAUAUAUACAUGCAGUUCAGAAAUCUACGCAGAUUGGGUGCCAAACAUCUUCUAGGAAUAUCUGGAGUGUUCACAAUAUUUUCAAGUUUUGUCUUCUGUAUAGCAUUUGUGAAAAUGUUCGGAAACACUAUUUCUGGAUUAUAUGAGGCAUUACCAUUUUUCUUGUUCCUAAUUGAUCUAUCGAAGGCAAGUGCGCUGGCUGUGUUUGCACUGAGCUCAACCAGUAGAGAAGACAUACAGACAAAUAUUGGUAAAGGAAUGGAGCUGCUGGGCCCAGCAAUCACUCUAGAUGCUAUUGUAGAAACACUGGCUAUAGGGCUGGGUACCAUCUCGGGUGUACAGCAGUUGGGAACAAUGUGUAGUUUUGGAUGUCUCUCUGUCAUAUCAAACUAUGUCGCCUUCAUGACCUUCUAUCCAGCUUGUUUGUCUCUUGUUCUUGAAUUAACUGUAAGUCGUAGUGUACCAAGUUCUGUUCAGGAGUAUAAGCACAUGGCGGAGGAAUUUAUGUUAGAAUAUGAGGAGAAAAAGCCCAACCCUGUCAUACAGAGGGUUAAAAUUAUCAUGAGUGCCGGUCUUGCAGUGGUUCAUAUUCACAGUCGUCUUGUUACUAAAAAUAGCAUGGCUGGUACUACAGAUCUAUCUGAGGGCGACAUGGAGUACCGGGAGCCAGAGAUGACUAUAUGGCAGUUCUAUUUAUAUAGGAUGUUUGCAGUACAUAUAGACUAUGGUUUAACAUUGUUGUUGGGGCUGGUGUUACUGAUAAAGUAUGUCUACGUGGACAGACAUACAGACUUAUUGGAUAUUAAACAUACCAUAGAGUUACAUAGAAGCAUGAGUUCUACAGUGGCGUGUACACAGACUGAAAAUAAUGAAACUACAGAUUCAGAGGAAAAUAUUCGGACAUCAUUUUCCCUCGGUGAUGACGAUGAUGAGAAUGAUGAUACAAUGGUUGAUAGUAAAGGUACGCAGACUGCUGCCCUCCAGUCACUCUCUCCGUUGAAGAGAUUAGUGAGUUAUGAAGAACCGAGGUCCCUGAAACAGUGCAUCGAAAUAUUGAAAUCUGACAAUGGUGUUCAGGAGUUGACAGACGAUGAGGUGAAAUUAUUGGUGGAGAAACGUCAUAUACCCUCGUACAAGCUUGAGGGUACCCUGGGAGAUUAUGAAAGGGGUGUGUCUGUUAGAAGGCAGAUAAUUGAGGAUAAAUUACAAACAGAAGAUUCCAUGACUUCUCUCCCAUUUUCCAACUAUGAUUAUACCUAUGUGGAUGGGGCAUGUUGCGAGAAUGUGAUUGGUUACAUGCCACUUCCUGUUGGUGUGGCUGGUCCCCUGCUUCUAGAUGGACAAACAUACAUGGUUCCUAUGGCAACAACAGAAGGCUGCCUAGUCGCUAGUACGAAUCGGGGAUGUAGAGCCCUUAGUCAAGGCGAUGGUGUACACAGUCGGGUUAUAGGUGAUGGUAUGUCAAGAGGUCCAGCAGUUCGAUUUCCCUCCGCUAUCAGAGCUAGUGAAGCAAAGUUAUGGUUGGAGAAUGGUGACAAUUUUGAUAAAGUGAAAGAUGUUUUUAACUCUACUAGCAGGUUUGCUCGGUUACAGAGGGUACAGGCUAUCCAAGCGGGAAGAUUGUUGUAUAUACGUUUUGUUGCCUCCACUGGUGAUGCUAUGGGCAUGAACAUGUUGUCCAAGGGUACAGAGAAGGUUCUACACACUUUACAAGAAGAAUUUGCUGACCUUGAAAUCAUCAGCUUGAGUGGAAAUAUAUGUACAGACAAAAAACCAUCCGCAAUAAAUUGGAUUGAAGGAAGGGGUAAAUCUGUUGUUUGUGAAGCUAUCAUACCAGCAGAUGUUGUAAAAAACACAUUAAAGACUACAGUACCAGCCCUCGUAGAUCUGAACAUCAGUAAGAACCUGAUAGGGUCGGCGAUGGCAGGCAGUAUAGGAGGGUAUAACGCUCAUGCUGCCAAUAUUGUAACUGCCAUGUUUAUAGCCACUGGACAGGACCCAGCUCAGACAGUUGCCAGUAGUAACUGUAUAACCCUGGUAGAGGCUACUGGUGAGAACAACGAGGACCUGUAUAUCACAUGUACAAUGCCCUCUGUAGAAGUAGGUACUGUAGGGGGAGGAACUAUAUUGCCACCGCAAGCAGCUUGUCUUAAGAUGUUAGGGGUACACGGUUCAAGUGUAGACAAUCCAGGAAGUAAUGCCCAGCAACUGGCGCGUAUAGUAUGUGGUACGGUAUUGGCGGGGGAACUUUCCUUGUUAUCAGCAUUAGCCGCGGGACAUUUAGUCCGUAGUCAUCUUAAACACAACAGAUCCAGUAUUUCCGUAAAUUCAAUCCAGUCACCAGAUGGCAAACGAGGACAGAGUUUUACAUUGCCAAAUUCUUCACAAGACAAUUCGUGUAGCAAUUCCUUUCAAAACUCUUCCGAUAUUGCCCGAUUACGAUGUUCACUGUCUCAUACAAACAGUUUAUCUAGUGUACGUCAAAAUCUUAGUGAAUUGCCGAAGAAUCAAAUAUAUAAUGACAAGUGUAUUGAAAAAUCUAGUGAAAAAUCCAGCAAACAAAACGAGAAACCAGACUCUAGUGGUGUCAGAUCGAGGCACGAUGAUGAAGGCAGAAGACAGCGAGGUCGUACAAACAAAGACGAUAUUCAGUCAUGCAUAAAACAUGUUUCCUAAUGGUGUUUUAAUUAGGUGUUUUAACAAAUUGUUUACAAGGAUAUUUAUUUAUUCGUAAAUAAGGUGCGUAUAUCAUGUGAGAUGUUUUGAUUACUAUGCUGCCUUAUUUCUGUAAAGCUUGAAAUGUAACAACAAGCUGUGUUCCGAUAAAUUCUAGGAAUGGCAACAGGGAUAUCAACAAAUAACUUUUGCGAUGAAGUACCUGGAUACUCUGAAGAUUUCUAACUGUUAACUCUUUGCUAUCCCUAGUUAUUUUACUAAACCAAAAUUGAUGGGGCUCCAUGGUCUUGUGGUUGAAGAUCACUUCCACUGAAGUUCCAAUCACUUGCCAUUCACUGCUGUGGGUUCGAAUCUUGCUAGCGACUUCAGUGUC